AGAGAGAGAGAGAGAGAGAGAGAGAGAGAGAGAGAGAGAGAGAGAGAGAGAACUGUGGCUGUUUAACGAGCUUUGUCUCAAGGAGUUUGUGCAGCGGGUAAGGCAAACGACGGACCAAGAUGGCGAUGUCGCUAGACAGUUGUGCUGCUCUCGCAAUGUCGGGAGCCAAGUGCAUCAACACCGACCUCAAGCUCACGGAUGGUGUGGGUGGCCCAACGGCUCGUCUCUGUGACAGUAGCAAGCCAUCACCCCGCCUCCUCCAUGGUACUCAGACAUCAGCCUCCUUACCAACAAGGAAGGAACAUGUGCAUGUCCAGGUCCAGUCGGCCGGAGGAGGAGUUAGCCGACUACGUCGGCGGCGCGGGAAUGAGAAAGCCAUGGUGGUGCCUAUUGUCAUCGAAGCACAGGGUAGCUUACCCAGCAGCUGCAGCGGGCUAUUCUCCUCCUCCUCCUCCUCCUCCUCCUCCUCUUCUUCCCCCUCCUCCUCUUCCCCCUCUACCUCGUUGUCCUUACCGUUAAUUAGGCGGAAAGCCGCCGCUUCCACAUGGUCAGCGUCGUCUCUGUUCUUCUCGAGCUCCGCUCGGGCUACCGGUAGCAACGACUUGUACGGAAGAUGCAGUCGCGGUCGCGCUGCAGCCAAAUGGCCGGCGAUGGCGGCGAUGGCGCCAACGAAGAGAAAGAGGAAAGGCAGAGGAGGGCAGCAUCUGCAGCAGCAGCAGUGCCAUAGCCAGCUUGCAGUGACCCAGGUGUUAUGGGAGAAUGGGAGAAAGGAGGUGACGGGGCGUUCUGCGCGUAGAGCUCCCCCCGCCGCCAUCGCCGCCGACGCAGCGUCAGGCGGAGGAGGAGGAGGAGGAGGAGGUCCCUCCCCCUCCUCGGACGAGCGGAGAGGAUUUCCGUUGACGUCAUCUGUGCGGAACAGCAGUCGGCGAGUGGCCGUGAGGCAGGACGGCGUCGAGACAAUGUCGGGAUCGCCAACACCGUCGGUCGCGACGAGAGCGAUCCAGACGUCGAGCGGCGCUCAGACGGACGAAGCAAAUGCUGCCACGUCGGCAUCCGCUUCCGCUUCCGCCUCCGCUUCCGCCGUCCAAUCAAUGGAGCGACGAGUGUUCGAGACCGUCGUACGUCACGCAGCAACGGUGGGGGAAAACGCCAGGUACGCAGAUGGCAGCCGCGGCGGCAAAUCCGAGCCAACCUCCUCCUCCUCCCUCUCCUCGCCCUCUUCCUCCAUUUACUCCGAUGCAUUCUCUUCCUCCUCCUCAGCUAUGGCUAUUGCGGCGGCGGACUUCCCGUCUUCUUCUCCUUCUUCCCCUCCUCCUCCUCCUCCUUCUCCUUCUUCUUCACAGAAUACUCUGUCUAAAGCCGACCAACUUCAAGACUUGAUUUUGGCGGGACAAGAUAGUCUUUUCCCGCGCUGCAAUCCCGAGCUGUUAAAGGUAGCCUACGAUCGUUGCCGCGUUGUCUGCCAAGAGUACGCAAAAACGUUUUACUUGGGCACGAAACUGAUGACCCCUGAGAGAAGGCGCGCCAUUUGGGCAAUCUAUGUCUGGUGUCGCCGGACUGAUGAGUUGGUUGAUGGGCCUCACGCUGCUACCAUCACCCCGGGGGCUUUAGAUAGAUGGGAGGGUAGAUUGGAGGACAUUUUCGCGGGAAAACCGUACGAUAUGCUCGAUGCCGCGCUUGCAGACACCGUGGCGCGCUUUCCUGUUGACAUCCAACCGUUCAAAGAUAUGAUUGAUGGGAUGAGGAUGGAUCUGACGAAGAACAGGUACCGAACUUUCGACGAACUUUACCUUUACUGCUACUACGUGGCGGGAACCGUCGGCGUGAUGAGCACCCCCGUGAUGGGCAUAGAUAAGGCGUCCAAGGCCUCGACGGAGAGCGUGUAUUCCGCCGCCUUGGCUCUCGGGAUUGCUAAUCAACUGACGAACAUUCUGAGAGAUGUCGGUGAAGAUGCCACGAGAGGACGUAUCUAUCUCCCGCUGGAUGAAUUGGAUAUGUUCGGCUUAUCUGAAAAGGACAUUUUCGCGGGAGAAGUGACCCCAAAAUGGCGGGAAUUCAUGCGAUUCCAGAUCCGCCGCGCGCGCAAAUUCUUCAGAGAAGCAGAAAAGGGAGCAGCAGAGCUCACUCAGGAAAGCAGAUGGCCUGUCUGGGCCUCUUUGAUGAUAUACGGUCAAAUUCUUGAUGCCAUCGAAGCCAACGACUACGACAAUUUCAGGAAAAGGGCUUAUGUCGGUAAAUGGAGUAAGCUGAUAGCUUUGCCGCAAGCCUACUUGCGCGCCAUGAGACCCCCGCCGUCAUCGUUGAUGAAGUCGUCGUCGACUCCGGCAACGAUUUGAUUUGAUUUGAUUUUUUUUAUAAUUUUUAAUUCAACUUUUUUUUGUUGCGAUUUUUUUUAUUAUUAUUAUAGAAAAAUCGAGAAAAU